AUGGCGGAGGUUGAGGUAGCAAACGAGAUCAUCAGAGAGCUUCACCCAGCUUGGGACGCUGCUCUGGUGGUCGUUAACGAGAAGUUGCGCAAGAAGUUUCUCGUUUCUUUUCAAGUUCUGAGGAUUGCUUCUGAAUAUUUCAACGCCCUUUUCACUCGUGAUUUCCAGGAAGGCAUCAGGACCAAAAAUGGAUCGAAGCCAGACAUUCGUCUGCAUGAAGAUAGCCCGGAUGCAAUGGAGGUUGUUCUUUCCAUCCUUCACUACGCUUAUAAUAGUGAGUGGUAUACAAUGAGCGCUGAGCGUUUUGCGGACAUUGCUGCCCAUUGCGAUAAGUAUUGCUGCACUAUGUCGCUCGCGCCGUGGAUGGAGAGAUGGCUUGCCAACUUCAACCGCACUAUCGAGCUUCGAGAUAUCGGACACCUCUUGGUGGCCACUUCCAUCAUUGGAAAAUCACAGGCUUUUGAGAAGAUUUCACGGUUAGCUGUGUUACAACUGCCUCUCGACUUUGACUUCAGCUCUUGGCUUGGAGACCAGACGUCGGCCAAUCUUUCGGAAGAGGUCAGCAUGUCCGACUUGGCGGCAAACCAAUCCGACAUCGGCUGGAUGCACACUUCCCGCUGCCGCAAGUGCUUUCUCGUUUACGAAAAGAGCCGGUCAUCAAAGUGCCCAGACUGCUCAUCAGUCGAAGGUGAGCAGCCCGGCGCCAGAGACUACCAAGUGUUUUGCUGUUGGAAAACACGCGUCGCAGAGUGCACGGUUAUCUUGACGAAGCACCAGCUCUACCCGAAUGAGAAGACCUGGCGAAAGUGUACAAUUGGCGAGAUAGUCCGCCGAUUCAACAUGGUCCGGGAGACACGCACUCAAAAAUGCGUGUUUGAUCAGCAAUGUCCUCUGAGGCAGCGAUUGAGAGAGCUGGAUGAGGCGGUAGUCGAUGUUAUUGGAAGCAUUCAGGGUCAGGAAUUAAGUUCUCUCGUCACGGACAAGCUCAACACUGACUUCGAUGAUGAUGGCAAGGGCGAGUUUGACGCCAGUUAA